AUGGAGAAGGGCAGGAGCGACACGAGGGAGAGAGCGAAUAAGAGCUGGCUAGAGAAUGAACCGGAACACAACAAAGAAAAGUAGGAGGGUGGGGACAGUGUAACAGUAGAAAAAAGGAGCAAAGCAUGGGAAUGGAAAACCAAGUCUAAUUAAACAUCAAAUUUCGCUUAAACACCUCGUUUCAGGCAAGGUAACGUAACGCACACAAAGCAAGGCAUGCCCCGUAUAUAAAUACUUCAUUCCCUGAACCGAACAAGUGAAGCAAGCACAUACACACAAAUCUGAUCCCCUGUUUCUACGACCUUAACUCCAUGGCAAAAGACACCGAGACUGCGGCACACAGUGGGUUGACACACAAGGACUACCGCGACCCACCACCGGCGCCACUGUUCGACGCCACCGAGCUCCGCAAAUGGUCCUUCUAUAGGGCCGUCAUAGCCGAGUUUGUCGCCACUCUCCUCUUCCUCUACAUCACCGUUUUGACCGUUAUUGGUUACAACAACCAGACGCAUGGCGGCGACCCUUGUGGCGGCGUUGGCAUCCUCGGCAUCGCUUGGUCCUUCGGCGGCAUGAUUUUUGUCCUCGUCUACUGCACCGCUGGCAUAUCCGGGGGUCACAUAAACCCGGCGGUGACGUUCGGGUUGUUUCUGGCACGGAAGGUAUCGCUGCUUAGAGCUAUUUCGUAUAUGGUGGCACAGUGCUUGGGUGCCAUAUGUGGUGUUGGGUUGGUGAAGGCUUUUCAGAAGAGCUACUACAACAGGUACAAUGGUGGUGCCAACAUGCUCGCUGAUGGCUACAGUAAAGGCACUGGCUUGGGCGCUGAAAUUAUUGGUACCUUUUUUCUUGUCUACACCGUCUUCUCUGCCACCGAUCCCAAGAGAAAAGCCAGAGACUCCCAUGUUCCCGUGUUGGCACCACUUCCAAUUGGGUUUGCAGUGUUUAUGGUUCACCUAGCCACCAUCCCUAUCACCGGCACUGGCAUUAACCCUGCUAGAAGCCUUGGACCUGCUGUCAUAUUCAACAAUGAAAAGGCAUGGGAUAACCAUUGGAUCUUCUGGGUCGGACCCUUCAUCGGUGCUGCAAUUGCUGCUAUCUACCACCAGUAUGUGUUGAGAGCCCAAGUUGCUAAGGCUCUGGGUUCUUUCAGGAGCUCCUCAAACCUGUAAUUCCCUGCAAGCUAAUUAAGCUUUGGGGCUUGAUUUAAUUAAUUGUAUGCUUAUAUAUAUACAUGAUGGAUUGCGAUUUGUAUCUACUAUAUAUUUGUGGUAACAACUCU